ACCAGAGGUAGCUUAUGAUCUAAAGUCCUGCUAAUCCACUCAGUGACACAUUUGAAACGCAGAUCCACCCCCUCCCCUCUAGGGGCACUAGGCAGGCUACUAAGGUCAUAGUGUAUUUCCAGGUACAGUUGAUCAUAUGACUCCCGAUAUGGUUGAAGACGUCAUCAACUCGGACCCAGACCUCUGGUGUUUGUUYCAGCCUUACGUUCAUUUACUGUCCGGUCGGACAUUGUUUGGUUUGAUUGACACAUUGGAUGUUUAUGCUAUACAAAAUCAAGCUAGUCCGAAGAGAGAAGRAAAGCCAAACAGUACCAAAGCUCUCGAAACGUGCUUCAUCACAACAUGCGUCAGUACUUUAGCUGAGCUGCGUGAGCUGGUAACUAGAGUACAACAACRUUUCAGCCAAUUAAAACAAUGCAAAGAGAACCGAGCCUUGUCGCAGCUGGCCUGGUUACCUAUCGCCAUGGAGACAYUGUUUUUCUUUAUGAAUUGUGUGCACAAUAAAGAUGGCAACAACAACACAGAAAUGCUGUUGACAAGUAAAAAAUCACACCACAGUCUUCCACCGCUGACCGAAUGGCUUCGUGUCGCAUGUGUGCACGCCGAACAUAGGCUCAGCGGUUUUGUAGAUGAUGAUGACGUCAGACAAGCGGCCAGGUUACUCUUGCCUUUWAACAAUUGCAGCUACAGGAUAUUGGGGCCUGAUAAUAUCCCAAUCAUAUCGACUUCAYCGGACUUUGAAGAUUUUUUCACAAUAAAUCUCGGUCUGCGCAUGCUCUUAAGUGGUGAACAUGGAAAGUCAACGAUGUCCCACAUUGGUGGUAAGAAAGGCAACUCCAUCGAUCAACGGGGUAUGACACCUCUAAUGUACGCAUGYUCACAAGGAGAACCGUCCCUCGUUCGACUUCUACUUGACAGUCACGUGUUGCUUGACACACAGGUAUCGAGAGACRGCAAGAAGUACCCGUUAGUUGACCCUGACGUUUUCUCGUGGACAGCACUGUCGUUUGCAGUUUCCAARGGCUAUCUACAUAUAUGUCAGAUGUUAUUGGAUGCCGGUGCAAACGUCAAUGGCAACGCAGACGUCACUAGUGGAGUUGAAACACCGCUUCAGCUGGCUGUAGUAGCAGGUAACUAUGACAUAGUCUCUCUUCUUUGCGCACGUGGUGCCAAUAUCAACGUCACGUUUCCACUCGGCGUAGGAAGACUGGGUUUCAGUAACACAUUUGCUGCAGCCGCUGCCCUUGGUCAUCGCAGAAUACUACGUAAGCUGUUGGCCGAGGCGCCCUCGGCACAAGAUGAUGCAGAAAUGAUGUCAUUGGCGGAAAUCUUAGCGGAAGGCUCGUCUACAAAUCAAAGGAAAUCAAAAAAGUUAAGCAAGAAAAGAUGCAGGGCUUUACAGGAAGCAAUCUACCACAGCUGCGAGMACGGGUACCUUGACGUUGCUAUGGAGAUCAGAAGUUUAGGUGUUCCAUGGAAUCUUCACUGUUGGUCCCAAGCUCUUUAUCAUGCAUAUCACACGAAUAUGACGUCAUCCAUGACGUCACAGAUGCGUUGCCUUUUGAGAGACUUUCAGUCGAUUUCAAAACGUGAAUAUACCGCUGAGUUCUGUGACGAUGGGCUCAUCCUGUUGUUUACAAUUUUCAGAGAAUGUCAGGAAGCGACGCUGUCCGUUGAACUCGCCUCUGUUUUCUCYUUCUGCUUUGGCGAUGAACCGCUGCCCAAAAUUACCGAAUUACCUUCGGCCACACCUGCGAUUAAAAUAGGUGUCAAUUAUGUCAAUAAUCGUGAGAUGUCUGACGUSRCGUUUCUUGUUGAGGAUCAGCCGUUCUACGGACAUAAAAUCAUCCUUGCGUCCGCAUCAAUCGCAUUUAAGGAUGUCUUAUCAGCCAAUGAAAAAGUUCCAUGCAUCAAAAUACCAGAGWUAAAGUACGACGUCUUUACGUUAAUGAUGCGUUAUGUUUACACUGGACGGACAGACAAAAUCGUUGCUCAACAACGCAAGGUCUUGGAGCUUCUUCAUGCAGCUACGGUCUUCAAGUUAGAUGGUCUUCAACGCCACUGUGAACUCCUGCUGGCAAAUCAACUUAAUAAUACUAACAUUAUCGCUACUUACAAAAUAGCCAAGAAAUACGAAGCUACAAGCCUUGUGCUUCUUUGCGAGUGUUAUAUUCUUUCAAAUAUGAAAGAAAUAACGAAGUCUGGAGAGUUACGAACGCUUAUAUUAUCGGAAGAUGGACCAGAGGUUUUGAAAUGUUUACAGCUUUGUUUGUCGUCCCGUAUUAAAGCUACAGCUACCAAAUCGUAGAAUUCCUCAUUGAAACAGCUGUAAAUUCAACGUUUUUGGUGAGUAUGGCCAUACCAGAUCGCUUCAUUCACGUUUCUUAUAAAUAAUGGGCAAGAGAUUAGAGUAUUUCUGAGUCACACUCAUUURAUUUUGGUUAAUGAGUCAUAAGGCCAAAAAAAGAUUCCAAAAUAUUAUGAAAAGCAACGUCUCCUAGCAACAUCAUUCCACAACCAAUCCUUGCCAGCUGAUUGGUUUAAAAACAAUAGAAAGCCAAUCGAAUGUCGUUUCCUGAUUGGUUAAAAACCGUUGCGAAUCCAAUAAAGUGUCACCAUAUGUAGCAAAUAAAAUUUUCAUUUGUUUUCAUGUAGUUUUCUUUCUGAUUGGCUAAUGAGGGUGCGAUG